CCCGGCGCCGGGCGGGCCGAGAGGUGCCGAGGCAUCGGCGUGCGAGCGGCGCCCCGUGUGCCUCCUGCGCCCCCGGCCAGCAGCCCCGGGCCGGGGCAUGGAGGCGGCGCACAGCAUCCCCGCGCUCGACGUGCUCCGCCGCUUCGGGGUCAGCGAGAGCUGCGGGCUCAGCCCGGAGCAGGUCCGCCGCAACCGGGAGAAGUACGGCCCCAAUGAGCUCCCUGCAGAAGAGGGGAAGUCCCUCUGGGAGUUGGUGCUGGAGCAGUUUGAGGACCUCCUCGUCCGCAUCCUUUUGAUGGCAGCUUUUCUGUCCUUUAUCCUGGCGUGGUUUGAAGAAGGAGAGGAGACCACGACGGCAUUUGUGGAGCCCGUAGUCAUCAUCAUGAUCCUGAUUGCCAACGCUGUGGUGGGCGUGUGGCAGGAGAGGAACGCUGAGAGUGCCAUCGAGGCGCUGAAGGAGUACGAGCCCGAGAUGGGGAAGGUGAUCCGCGCCGACCGCAGCGGCGUGCAGCGCAUCCGCGCCCGCGACAUCGUCCCCGGGGACAUCGUGGAGGUGGCAGUUGGUGACAAGGUGCCAGCAGACAUCCGGAUCAUCGAGAUCCGCUCCACCACCCUGCGGGUCGACCAGUCCAUCCUCACAGGGGAGUCUGUGUCGGUGAUCAAACACGCUGACCCCAUCCCUGAUCCCCGGGCUGUCAACCAGGACAAGAAGAACAUGCUUUUCUCUGGCACCAACAUUGCAGCUGGGAAGGCCGUGGGGAUCGUCAUUGCCACGGGGGUGUACACCGAGAUCGGGAAGAUCCGCAACCAGAUGGUGGAGACCGAGCCGGAGAAGACGCCCUUGCAGCAGAAGCUGGACGAGUUCAGCCAGCAGCUGUCCAAAGUGAUCUUCCUGGUGUGCAUCGCCGUCUGGGUCAUCAACAUCAGCCACUUCAGCGACCCCGUGCACGGCGGCUCCUGGUUCCGCGGCGCCAUCUACUACUUCAAGAUUUCGGUGGCGCUGGCGGUGGCCGCCAUCCCCGAGGGGCUGCCUGCUGUCAUCACCACCUGCCUGGCGCUGGGCACGCGCAGGAUGGCCAAGAAGAACGCCAUCGUCAGGAGCCUGCCCUCGGUGGAGACCCUGGGCUGUACCUCCGUCAUCUGCUCCGACAAGACCGGCACGCUCACCACCAACCAGAUGUCCGUGUGCCGGAUGUUCAUCAUGGAGAAGGUGGAGGGCACCCAGUGCAGCCUGCACGAGUUCAGCAUCACCGGCUCCACCUACACCCCCGAGGGACAGAUCCUGAAGGACGAGCAGCCGGUGCAGUGCGGGCAGUACGACGGGCUGGUGGAGCUGGCCACAAUCUGUGCCCUCUGCAAUGACUCCUCCCUGGACUACAAUGAGUCCAAAAAAGUCUAUGAGAAGGUGGGGGAAGCCACUGAAACAGCCCUGACGUGCCUGGUGGAGAAGAUGAAUGUCUUCAACACAGACCUCAGCAAACUCUCCAAGGUGGAGAGAGCCAAUGCCUGCAAUUCAGUGAUCAAGCAGCUGAUGAGGAAGGAGUGCACCCUCGAGUUCUCCCGGGACCGCAAGUCCAUGUCCGUGUACUGCACUCCCAGCGGGCCUGGCAACAACUCCACGGGCAGCAAGAUGUUUGUCAAGGGCGCCCCGGAGAGCGUCAUCGAGCGCUGCACCCACGUCCGUGUGGGCACGGCCAAGGUCCCGCUGACGGCCCCGGUGCGGGACAGGAUCCUGGGCAGGAUCCGCGACUGGGGCAUGGGCAUCGACACCCUGCGCUGCCUGGCCCUGGCCACGCACGACUCGCCCGCCCGCAGGGACACCAUGCAGCUGCACGACUCGGCCGCCUUCGUGCACUACGAGAACAACCUGACCUUUGUGGGCUGUGUGGGGAUGCUGGACCCUCCCCGCAAAGAGGUCACCUCCUCCAUCGAGAUGUGCCGCAAGGCCGGCAUCCGCGUCAUCAUGAUCACCGGUGACAACAAGGGCACGGCGGUGGCCAUCUGCCGCCGCAUCGGCAUCUUCUCCGAGGCCGAGGACGUGUCUGGCAAGGCCUACACGGGCCGGGAGUUCGACGAGCUGUCCCCCGAGGAGCAGCGCCAGGCGUGCCGCGAGGCCCGCUGCUUCGCCCGCGUGGAGCCGGCGCACAAGUCCCGCAUCGUCGAGUACCUCCAGUCCUUCAAUGAGAUCACGGCCAUGACAGGGGACGGCGUCAAUGACGCUCCGGCCCUGAAGAAGGCCGAGAUUGGCAUCGCCAUGGGGUCGGGCACGGCUGUGGCCAAGUCAGCUGCUGAGAUGGUGCUCUCUGACGACAACUUCUCCACCAUCGUGUCGGCCGUGGAGGAGGGCAGAGCCAUCUACAACAACAUGAAGCAGUUCAUCCGCUAUCUCAUCUCCUCCAACGUCGGGGAGGUCGUUUGUAUCUUCCUGACAGCCAUCCUGGGCUUGCCCGAGGCCCUCAUCCCUGUGCAGCUGCUAUGGGUGAACCUGGUGACGGACGGGCUGCCGGCCACCGCGCUGGGCUUCAACCCCCCUGACCUGGACAUCAUGGACAAGCAGCCCCGCAACCCCAAGGAGCCCCUCAUCAGUGGCUGGCUCUUCUUCCGCUACCUGGCCGUGGGAGUGUACGUGGGCCUGGCCACGGUGGGCGCGGCGACCUGGUGGUUCCUGUACGACGCCGAGGGACCACAGGUCUCCUUCCAUCAGCUGAGGAACUUCAUGAGGUGCACUGAGGACAACCCCCUCUUCGAGGGAAUUGACUGUGAGAUCUUCGAGUCGCGAUACCCGACGACGAUGGCUCUGUCUGUGCUGGUGACAAUCGAAAUGUGCAAUGCUCUGAACAGUGUCUCUGAGAACCAGUCGCUGCUGCGGAUGCCACCGUGGCUCAACAUCUGGCUGCUGGGGGCCAUCAUCAUGUCCAUGGCUCUGCACUUCCUCAUCCUCUAUGUCAAGCCCAUGCCUCUCAUCUUCCAGGUGACCCCCCUGAGCUGGCCGCAGUGGGUGGUCGUGAUGAAGAUCUCCCUGCCUGUGAUCCUGCUGGAUGAAGGACUCAAGUACCUUUCCCGCAACCACCUGGAUGGCAUUCUCAGGACAGUAAGACCCAAGUGCAGCGGGGAGCACCAGGUGAAUACCUGCAGGACUCCAGAGCAAGGGAGAAGAGGACAAGAAAUGAGUGACACGAGGGCGGCACUCCGAGCUAAAGGAUCCCUAAGCUGUAACUCGGACUGAAGUCUUGCAUGCGUGACCAUCGCUAAAGCCAGCAGGACAUGCAUGUGUCCGACUAUCAGACAAAUGCGGGUGAAUCGUCGAAAAGAAAAAAAUACUGAUUUUGUUUUGUUCUGUAGCUUUCUUUUUCCUGUACAUAUGAGUGCAAUUACUGGACAGCUGGCGUAGAGUUUGGGGAUGGAGCUGUGUGGAUCUGAAUCAUUGUAAUGUGGUUCCUUGGGAUUUGUUCUUGCCAAAUUUGAGACCCUCUUUCCAAUUUUCACCCUGACUGAGUGAGCACAGGCAAGGUGGCCUUCAUGAGAGAUUAGGGCAGGAAGUUGGAUUUAAGGCCACAUCCCCCAGUGGGAUGGGAUGCACAAGGCAGCUUCAGGGGCUGGGAAGGGCUUGGCAGUGAGAGAGGGCAGGGAGAGAGGAGAGGGGGCUGUGUGUUGGGGUUGUUGAGCCUUGAUGGUGUCCACAGUGUUGCUGCUGCUGUGCUCUGCUCCAAUGGCUGCAGCAGCUGGUCAUAGCUUCAGAGUGUGUCCAACCUUGGUGUGAACCUCAUGGAUGUGUGUUUAUACGUCGAGGUCAGGUGCAUGUGGUGGAAGGCGAAGUUCUCCCUAUUUAUCACGUUGUCCUGUUUGAUCCCUGCAUAUGGAAAGCCCAGCACCUUCUCAGGCUCAUCCAGCACCAAAGCACGAUGAAGUCUUGUCUGUUCUCCAUCUGGCAUCUUGCUAGAUCCCAUCUGCACUGUAUAAGGCAGUCCUUCUCCUUGUAGGGGCAAGCACGCAAAGAAAAGCAAGGGAAUGCCCACCUUGCAUUCCUCAUGUCCACCACUCCUUCCUGGUCACACUUUCUUUUCUCAGUGAUUUUUUAACUAUUUCCCUAGCAGGAGUAGAGCUUAAGUGUUUAGGAGCACAUCCAUGACUUCAUGUGCUCUGCUUUGGAGAACAUCACUGACUUGCACUGGGCAUCCUUGCUGAGGGAUCAAGAUGGGAAUGAAUGUAUUCUUGUACAUAACGUGGUCUUUCUUGUGAGUGGUGUUUGUUGUGGCAUCCCUUUUUGUAAGGCACCAACUUUAUCUUGCCCUCUGGGGAUUUUUCCACAGCAGGAGUGAGACAGUCUCCAGUGAGGGUUUGUAGAUCAGGAGUGGAUUUUGGGAUCCAUUACAUUUUUCUCUCUCCAUUGAGCUACGUCAGCUGAGAAGCCGACAGUGGUUGGUUUCUUCUCCAGCUCUCCAAAUCCUCCCUUCUGUUUUCCUCUCAGUCCCCUAGGAUCCAUACUGAUGAUACUUAGUUAGCCAGAGCCUGUAUCUUUCCUUUCUCUUACAUUCCAGCAACAGCACUAGAGCCAGGGUCUGGGAUAGCAUUUGCUCCUUUGCUGUUGGGUUUUCUCUUCUACUUUUUGCCUCUUUAAAGCUUCCAGUGUUUUUCUGUAUCGUCUGGGCAAGAGCAUCUCUCCUUCCGUACAGUAGGUGCCAAAUGUCAUCCCUCCUUUCUUUUCUCCAUCACCAGCAUUGAAGAUGAGCAGAGCCCCCAGACCAAUGGGAAUGUACAGAAUUGUUAUACUACUGAGCUGAUUUAUUGUACAGAAAACCUUGCAUGAAAUGUUGUUACUGUAUUUAAUAUAUAAUGUAUUCAAGGAAUUUUAAUAUGGAGCUCUUUAAAAAGAUCUUUAUAGAUACUCUGUGGUUAGAAGAUUGUUGCUGAUUUUUUAAAAUCUUAUUAUACUUUGUCUUGAAGAAGUUUUAUUUUUCAAAUGUGUUCUGUCUAAAUGAUUUAAUCAGUUGGUCCCAUGGGAUAACCAAUUCCUGUUCAAAGAUUUUCACCAUGGAUGAGACCCACCCUGGUGUAGAGGACCAAGACAUGACCCAGGUACUGUAUAAGCCUUCAAAAUAAGGCUUCAGUAAGACUAAUGCUGUAGAUGAUGUGGUUUGCCCUUCCUUAAAAGGGUGGAUUUCACCUUGUUUUAAUACAGGUCACAGAACUAAACAAUUGUUUAAGUUGGGAAAGACAUUCAAGAUGAUCGAGUCCAUCUCCUUUGCUCUGUGCAGAAAAACAACCAGUGGGAAUUUAGUUCCAGCUCAGUGUCAUCAGAGGAAGCAGCUUCUCUGUUUCUCUGAGGCUAACAACCAGUUUGGGAAAAGCUGGAUUGGAUUCAGAGGUUAGGCUGGAUUCAGAGGCUAGGCUGGAUUCAGAGGCUAGGCUGGAUUCAGAGGUUAGGCUGGAUUCAGAGGCUAGGCUGGAUUCAGAGGUUAGGCUGGAUUCAGAGGUUAGGCUGGAUUCAGAGGCUAGGCUGGAUUCAGAGGUUAGGCUGGAUUCAGAGCAUCCCAGCCCUGUUAGGAGGCUCCAGCAGGGCUUUCAGCUGUCCAAUGGCAUCUCCCUGGGACGUGGUGGCCUUGGUCCCUUGUGCCUACAGAAACCUGCUUGGUCCAUCCACCUCCUGAGCUAUGCUGUUUUCCCUGGACUAAAUGUCUGGUGGAGGAUUAUUAAUUUAACCCAAAUAUGUGUGGUGUGGAGAACUUUCUUGUGUAAAAGCCCAGGCAGUGUCAGUCUGUUCAUGCAAUUGCUGGGUCACAACUGUGAGUUACCAAACCCUGAGCCAUCAUGGGCAAGAAACCAGGGCUGUGUCCCAGCUUGUUCUUUGCAGCAGCAGCAAAUUGCAUUUUAUUUCUGCUGUGAGCCUUCAGUUCUAUCUACAAAAAAGCCCAGGUAAUCUGCACUAGAGCUGCCUGGAGCACGUGGCCUCCUUGCUAGGAGGGACCAUUUUGACACGUCCCCAUUUCCCCUUCUGAAUGGUUGACCACAUCUCUUGUCUCUCCCCCAUCCUUUAAUUAUUUGGAGUACAGGUUUCCCUCCAUACUUUUGAUUACAGGGGCUUGUGCUUCAAACGACUUAAUGAAGUAGAAAAAUAUCCAUAGAUGUAUUUUUCCCUUUAUUCUUCAGUGAAAGGUCAGGAUAAAUCACAGAGUAGUUAUUUAUUGCAUGUGUGCCAGCAGCCGCGUGCUGGGAGCUUUUACAGGCUGGAACAUGUUCUUAUGUAAACUUGGAGAUCCCAGAGCCAAGACCAUCACUUUGGGAUAGGCUCUUGUGUCUUACCAAGGCAUCUGACUGUGCAAUACAAGGGAGAUGGACACUGGGUGGCUGUUUUGCCCUAAAGCUUUUUUUAAAAAAGCAGCUUAGGGAUAAACCUCUGGGAUCCUUGCUUUUCUUGGCACCAGAGGUUAGGAAUUGUUUCCUUUUUAGUUUUAUUUUGAUGGUGCUGCCUGGCAUAUUCGAAGUCUAUAAAUAAAACUCAGGUCUUUCCAGCAAGACCUUUAGCAUUGAUGGGCUGUUCUGACAGAUCCUCCACAAGAUGCAGGGUGUAGGACGUGCUGGAUGGCAGCAUGGGAUUAUCCAUGAGCACUUUAUACUCCUUCCUCAGGGGCCAAGCACCAUGCUGGGGUACAGCCAAGGUGGGAGGGAAAAGUCCUGCCUUCCUGGGGUGAGCACCAGGGUGAUCAGCUGUGGAAAGUCUCUUGUACUGUUUUGGGAUAUUGUGUCAUUGUGACCAGUUGCUGGAUGAGCUCUUCCCCCUGUGGUGUGUGAUCCAUUGGGGGAGGCACGUUGGAAAAGGAAAAAGAGCAAAGUGCUGCAUCCUGCAUUUUAUUUGUGUUUUGUGGCCCAGGUCUGGAUGAGGUUUUUGUUUGAGUUUGGGUUUUGGCACUGUGAACUGUGCGUGUGUGUGUGUUUCUGGUGAUGCUCUGCUCAGCCAAGGCUGGAUGGCACCACCAGGCACUGGAGAGGGCACUGGGAGGGACAGGCUCUAUGGAGGGGCUGAGGGACUUUGUUCCUGUAAGAACAUCAAAUCUGGGACUGAGUUGGAGUUUCUGCUUAUGGUGUGGAUGGCAGAAGGGGGAGCAAUAGGAAAAUUCAGCAUUAAUUUUUGGUCCUUCUUUUGUACAUCAGGUUGAUAAUACUGCUUCCCAGUCAGGGUCCUACUCCACCAAAACUCCUCAAAUAAUGAUUUGAGCUGUACAGGGGCCCUGGCUGGGAGAUGUUCAUGAGGUUCAGUGACCUUGGCAUUACAUCACUCCUGAAACUCAAACAUACCACAGUCCCCACUACCAACUCCUAAGACUUACUGUGAUUUUUGGACCACAUCUGGCAUGGCCAUCACUUGGUAUAAAUGAUGCCAGAGAUUCAGUCCCAUCAGGGCUCUGUUUUCUCCCACUUCUUCACAGUGGCAUUUUCUGUUAGGGCAGACAGCUUGGGACUCAGGUUUUUGGUACCCACCAAGGAGAGGGCUUUACCCCAUGCAGAUCUUGUGUGCACAGUUGGGGUUAGGAUUUACAGGGCUGCAGUGAGGAGGUGACACAGGGUAAAUUGUGCUCCCGGGACCUGUUCUUGUGGUGCCAUGCAGCUUUUGGUGUGAGUGGGGCAUUAAAUGAGCCAAAAUCUCUGUGUGCCUGGAGUGAUGGGCACUUGGGACCAAGAGGAGGGCAACCACUGAACUGCCAGUGGGUGCCCUCAGUGGCUUCAGUCUGGGAUAUGCUGAUUUUUUUAUAUGAGAUGCCUGAACAGCCAAAUGUAGAAAUCUCUGAGAUUGUGCUUCAUAGCAAAAGGUAAAUUGUUAUAUCUUGGGGGGUGGGAGGGUGUUAUCUGAGGGGUAGAACUGAAAGAAAUGAGGUUUCCUAUUUUACUACACGAGAGAUAUUUUUCCACAAAAUUACUGCUUCCUAAACCAUGUCCUUUGUCUGACUGUAAAUAGCCAGGUGUGCCGGGAAGACGUGGGAAGGCUCCUUGUGGUCACAUCCAUACAAUCCACUCUGUUCACACAAUAUUGGGCUGAUUUGUUUUAUACUUAGAAAAUUACAGAAAUAAAAGCAAUUUUACUGGA